AGAUUUUAAAAAUCAGAGUUUAUCUGUCGGACUCUGAAUAUUUUUAUUUUGAUUUUCGCAGUUUAUGCUAACAAACUUAUCACCAAUGAGACAAUGCUAUUAACAUUUUUCUUAUCAUGGAUGAAUUGUGGAAAGUUCCCAUUGCAGAAUGGUUUCCAAAAAUGUCACGCAGUCAGGGGAUCACCGCUCAUUGCUGCAUCAGUAGAAGAAUUCAACAAAUUGUUUUUUCUCCUAAAUGGAACGAAGAACAAUCUGCUUUGGAAUGAGGCUUACGUUGGUGAAAACGGAGAAUUGUGGUGGUGCGGCUACGAUUCCCUCAAGGUGCCUGUCCCACUUGAUUCUGGCACUGACAUAAUUGCGGACUUCCCUUUCUACUUGGUGUCUUUAGCGAAUUCCUAA